AUAAUGACUAAAAGAAAAGAAAAUGAUAAAAUGUAGUUGUUUGUGUGUGGUAUCAACUCAAUCCUUCUUACAUUUUAUUUUCUAUAAAAGCAAACAAAAGGCUAAAGAGACACUCCCCAAUAAUUAAUUCCUCCUCUGCCUUCAGGAGUAUAAAGUGUAAAAUGGCUUCUCUACCAACUGCAGAGAUAUGUGACACAAACGCAACACACAUAUCAAGUGGUGAUUUAAGGAUACUUGAUCCAGUUUUUCAGAUGUAUGGUCAGUCAAGAACAUUCUCAGGACCAAUUGUUACUGUAAAAGUGUUUGAAGACAAUGUAUUGGUUAGGGAACUUCUUGAAACAAAAGGAGAAGGAAGAGUUUUGGUUGUUGAUGGAGGAGGAAGCAUGAGAUGUGCUCUUGUUGGAGGGAAUUUGGUGCAAUUGGCACAAAAUAUGGGGUGGUCAGGGAUUGUGGUGAAUGGUUGUGUUAGAGAUGUGGAUGAGAUUAAUUUGUGUCAAGUUGGUGUUAGGGCUUUGGCUUCUUAUCCACUUAGGUCCAAUAAAAAAGGUACUGGUGAAAAGCAUGUUACUGUCUAUGUUGGAGGGACUUUUAUUCGUCAUGGAGAAUGGCUCUAUGCAGAUAAUGAUGGUAUCAUUGUUUCUAAGUUUGAGUUGUCUAUCUGAAAUACUAGACUCUACCAGAGCUCAAAUGUGCUUUCACCCAUUGCUGUAAUGUCUUUCUAUUCUCUAGUAAGUAGCUAAGUUGUUUACGAAAUUGUAGGGCACUCUAUAGUUCUUACAUUAUUUGUCUCUCUGUUUUUUUACUUAA